UUACCACUGGGCAGGAGGGGCGCGUGCAUGCCAGUAUGAGAGAGUGCCUUUCCAUCCAUGUGGGUCAAGCUGGCACCCAGAUUGGGGAUGCCUGCUGGGAACUCUAUUGCCUGGAACAUGGAAUCCAGCCAGACGGCGUCAUUCUUGACCAUAAACAGGAUCAACUGGAAAAUGGUAAAAUGGAGCAUCCGAGUGCAUCUUUCGAUAGCUUCUUCUGUGAGACGAGAGCUGGGAAGCAUGUGCCCAGAGCACUCUUCAUGGACUUGGAGCCGACGGUUAUAGAUGGGAUCCGGACCGGGAAGCACCGCUCACUCUUCCACCCCGAGCAGCUCCUUAGCGGGAAGGAGGAUGCCGCCAACAACUAUGCGCGAGGUCGUUACUCCGUGGGGUCAGAGGUCAUCGACCUUGUGCUGGAGAGGACUCGGAAGCUGGCAGAACAGUGCAGCGGACUUCAGGGAUUUUUGGUUUUCCGAAGCUUUGGAGGGGGCACUGGCUCGGGGUUCACGUCGCUCCUGCUGGAGCGGCUCUCGGCAGAGUACGGCGGGAAGACUAAGCUGGAGUUCUCCAUCUACCCGGCCCCUAGGAUCGCCUCUGCUGUGGUGGAGCCUUACAAUGCCGUCCUCACCACCCACUCCACCCUGGAGCACUCGGACUGCACCUUCAUGGUGGACAACGAGGCCGUCUAUGACAUCUGCCAUCAUAGACUCGGCCUGGAGCGCCCCUCCUAUGCCAGCCUCAACAGACUGACCGUGCAGGCGGUGUCUUCCAUGACCGCCUCCCUCCGGUUCCAAGGGCCCUUGAACGUGGACCUGAUUGAAUUCCAGACCAACCUGGUCCCUUAUCCAAGAGUGCACUUCCCCAUGACAGCCUUCGCCCCGGUUAUCUCUGCGGACAAGGCUUACCACGAGCAGUUCUCCGUCGCAGACAUCACCGCGGCUUGCUUUGGGUCCUCCCACCAGCUGGUCAAGUGUGAUCCUCGACUUGGGCGGUACAUGGCCUGCUGUCUGCUCUACAGGGGGGACGUGGUCCCUAAGGAAGUGAACGCGGCCAUUGCGGCCACCAAGUCCAGGAACUCGGUUCGGUUUGUAGACUGGUGUCCCACGGGCUUCAAGGUGGGCAUCAACAAUCAGCCACCUGCGGUGGUGCCAGGAGGGGACCUGGCCAGAGUCCAGCGGGCGGUCUGCAUGCUGAGCAACACCACGGCCGUCGUGGCGGCCUGGGCCCGCCUGGACCACAAGUUCGACCUCAUGUAUGCCAAGAGGGCGUUUCUGCACUGGUACCUCAGAGAAGGCAUGGAAGAAGGGGAGUUCUUGGAUGCCAGGGAAGACCUGGCAGCCCUGGAGAGGGAUUAUGAGGAGGUGGCACAAGGUUUUUGA